ACUCCAGAGAUGGAGGAGCGAAAAGCAGAAAAAAAGUGAAAAUGCCAAAGUAGUCGAGACGUUUUUUUCGUAGAAACAGGAAGCAGGGACGCAAAGCAAAGUAAAGGGAACGUAUGUGGUUUCUGUUCCAACUUAAGCAGCCGCGUUUCUUUCUUAUGUUGACGUUCGUGUCGCGGUUUUUACAGUUACUGUUACUUUACAGUGGCCGCGGUGGGAAAACGGAGGACUUUUUGUACUCUGGACCUUCGCCUCUUCUUUGGAAGAGAAUUUUCGCUUUAACUCGUUUUCCCACACAAUAUUGCUGCUCGUAUGAGGCCGUGAAGGUGUUGUAGCCGUCCUGAUACGGAGAAAAAUCGACAGUUUUGCGGCUAAGUUGUCUUUUUUCGGUCAGGAAAGAGUCCUCGGCGUUACUUUUCGCGACGAAAAGCGGCUAGCUAGCAGCUAGCCUAGCCCAACCGACACUGCGGUGGUGGUGGCUGCAGCCCGACUCCGUUAAACAUGGAGGCAGAGAUGCAUGUGUUUAUCGCUACGGAGCUGUUAUAUAAUCUUCAAACUGAACCGUAUUUGCGUGUGUCGCCUUCUGCUUUCAAGGGAAGCCACUUUUGACAUCCCUUCGGGCGCAGAUAUGUGGACGUGAUUUAACAUAACUUGGCAAAAAUUGAAGCUCGUUAACAGAGACAUGGAUUCCAACCCUCUGAUAAGUGCCAUGGAUCCAUCCAUCACUCUGUGGCAGUUCCUGCUGCAUCUGCUGGAUGACCAGAGCCACCGGCACCUGAUCUCUUGGACAUCUGGCGAUGGCGAGUUUAAGCUGCUGGAUGCUGAGGAGGUGGCACGGCUCUGGGGGCUCCGCAAGAAUAAAACCAACAUGAACUACGACAAGCUGAGCCGCGCUCUGCGCUACUACUACGAUAAGAAUAUAAUAAAGAAGGUAAGCGGUCAGAAGUUCGUCUACAAGUUCGUGACCUUUCCUGACCCUAAUUCGGCCGAUGGGCUCCGAGGGCCUGAGGACGGCCAAAGGGUCGGGGUUGGGGAGAAGGUGGAGGUCUCUAUUCAGCCCAAAUCAGCAGUGGGUGCCGGUGCCACCACAGGCUGCCUGUCCAAGAACCUGCAGACGCAGCGCUCUUCCCCCAGCUCAGUGCAGCGUAGCUCCCGCAAUGACUAUAUGAAGUCCGGCCUCUACUCCACCUUCACUAUCCAGUCACUUCAGACACCCUGCAAAAGCUCUCCCAAACCCAUCAAAACAGAGCUCCCUGUGGACAACACACCCAAACCAGCCUCCCUGGACCGUCCAGUGCACGAGGUGCGAGUGUGUCAACCUGAAGGGCAGCCGAGUGCAAUGCAGAGCCCACCAACAGUGGACAACAGUAGUCUGCAAGUAAUAGUGACCCACCCCUCACCCUGUGCCACACCUGCCCUCAGUCCACAAACGCCAUCCGGUUCUACUGCUGCCACUACCAACGUUCAGACACAGAAGAGCCAGGGAUUAGGUGAUCCUCCACAGAUCUAUCUGACCAGCGUAUCUGACCCGGGCUCGCUGACCCCUCUCAUCCCACUGACUCCUGUAGCUGCUGGGGACUGUGUGGUCAACCCUUCCCAGGGCCACCCUGUCUUUGUGGUAAUAAAGCCGUCACCUGUAGGAGGAGCGAAAGAGUCCACCCUCUCAGCUGGAGAAGACCUGCUGGAGAUUGUGGACCUGGACGUCAAACCUGAAGCUGAGACUCUGUCUACAUCUGCUCCAGUGGCCGUGGAGGCUCCGGGGCCUGUGGAUGCACCCCCACCCUGCCCAGAGCCCAUGGCACAGCCGGUAGUAGAGGGAGAGCUGAAAGACGAGCCCGAGCAACCUGCAGAGGACACCAAUACCCCUCCAGCAUCCCACCCAGUGUCCACACAGGAAGUCCAGCCUCCAAAAUCAAAAAAGCCUCGCGUGCUGGAGCUUCCUUCUUCUCCUUCACAGCUGGCCCCAGGCUUUUCGCUGGAUAAGGUCAACGCUGCGGUCAAUAGCCUUCUAGCCCCAGGCAGCGCCACUAACACCCUCACACCUACUGUCAUCACCUCACAUGCCCUGACUCCUGUCUUGUUGACACCGAGCCCCCUCCCGUCCACGAUUCACUUCUGGAGCACUCUGAGCCCCAUUGCUCCGCGAAGCCCAGCCAAACUCUCCUUCCAGUUCCCUACUAAUGGAAGCAAUCAGAUCAACAUCCCAGCCCUGAGUGUGGAUGGCCUGUCCACUCCUGUUGUACUGUCUCCAGGCCCACAGAAACCAUAGUCUGUGAUUGGAUCACUCACUUCCUUGCGUGGUGACUGACUUCCAGCCCAGCCAGUGAGAAGCUAAAGGUAAUGAGCAGACAGCACACUCCAUAACAGGCCCUGGUUGGUGUUCAGAGGAGCUUCCAGUCCACUGAUGGUUGAGCAGGAGGAGUGCACUCUCAGCCUGGCCACAGCUGCCCCUGCUCCAGGAUGGAAAGGUGGCAUUUUAUAGACUCUCAAGGUUUUGGGUUUUAUGUUUUGUUUUUAUGUUUUUUUUUUUUUCCUUUUUUUCCAUCUUCUGCAUUAUUAUUUAUUUUUGUCGUCUCAACAGAGUAGAUAUUUUGGUGCAUCUCUCUUUCCCUUUUUAAGGAAUACUAGAAAUUUUGGGUAUUGAACUUUCUUCACCUGCUAAUAGCUGGCAGUCUUUUGGCAUCGCAAAGUAGACGUUGCUUUGGACUUCCUUCAUUUUGUUGUUAGAAAAGAUGAAAUAUGAUGGAAGACAGAUAGAGGGCAGUGAAAGCUCACUUCUGUGUUUGGCACUUAUGAACUUGCAAAGCAAGCAUGACCAUGAACCUACAUUUUUUGGAAAAAAAUCAAAUGGAACAUAUAUUUUAAAAAUUCUGGAUUUUGUCCAAGGAUAACUACAUAACUGAAUCUGUUUUGCUAAAGAGGCAUUUAUUGACAGUGGAAUGACAAGGCCAUCCAUUGGAAUGUGGAAGAGGAAACAGAAUCCUUGAUGAUUAACUCGUUGUUCGAGACGCAGAAUGUAUUGAUGUUCACUUUUUUGGCUUUGAUGUCAUUCCCUUCUCUCGGAACUUUCUCCUUGUACAGACACUUAUGCUCCCAUUCCGGUUCAAAGUUUUUUCUCGUCUGCUCUUUGACAGACACCUCCUGAAAGGAAGCCUCAUGAGAAAACUUUUUGUAGUUUUAUGUUCUGUAACUUUCUUGCUGUUUGUUUGUUGUCUGUUUUAAGAAAAUGUCAGAGGAGACCAAAGACCAGCGAUUUGUAUAGAAUCCAGUUGAGUAUCUUUAUAUGUGCUGCAGCAUUUCUCUUUCACGUACCGUCCUUCAUCUCUCUCACUCUCCGUUUCCAUAUUUAUCACAUAAAAGGGCUACAAGACUCAUCAUGCUACCAGAACGUUAACUCUUUAACGUUUAUCAGCUACAGAUCCACAGAGAAUGUAAGUUGCAUUUGGUAUUUCUGAAUAUAACCGUGUAUUUCACACCGUAAAUAGCGGACGAUGGAGUAGAACAGUUCGAUAUAAAACUGUUAAAGCUCUGUACACAGUAAUUUUGUAUGAACCGAUUGUGUCACGACCACUACACUCCUUUUCUCUGAUAUGUGCUUAAUGAAAUUCUUUAGGAAGUUGGGUAUUUUUAGAAAUAAGCUCAUCUCAAAGCUGUGAACUGUUGUUUCCAAUGUGUUAGUGAGACAGACAAGAAAACAUGCCUUUUUCCAGUGAUAAACAAAACUAAUAUUAAAUUCCAAAGGCCAUCUUUUUAUUGCAGCUGUUUCAUGGCUGCAUGGCUGCCUCUGGGCUUUCUCAUUCAGGGUGGGCAGCAAGGAAUACAAGUCUUAAAGCUUGUUUGUUAGUUCUGCUAAAUUUCUCGCAGUCCUUAAAUCCUGUUUUUCAUUUUCAGCUGAUUACAUGUUGAUAGGGUUUGCCCACCCUAGCCGGCUGCUGUGGGAUAUUAGCAUGGUUCUGUAUAAAAUCUGUUCACUUUUUACUCGAACAGCCUGCUGAGGUUUUUUUUUUUUUUUUUUUUUUUUUCCAGCAGCCUGCCCUGCAGCAUUUGCCAAUUAUAGACAUACAGGGCAUAUUGCAAAUGUACAGAUUUCUAAGCCUGUUCUGUCUGUGUAACAAAGCAGUUAGUUUUUAGGUAUGUAAUCUAUCCUGCACACAGCAAAAAUCUCUAGAGUUCAACUCUGCCAUCUACACUGUAGUUCAAAAGCAAUUCAACGUCAAACUUUUCCAUCUUAUUUCCUGCGCUAACGAUGUUUGUUGCCGUUUCUUUUACAAUUCUGAAAAGAACUGCAGAUUUGUGGACUCUUACGCUUGAUAUAUCUGUGUAAUUGUAAUUUAAUAGUAUGACCCAGUCAGGUGGCAUGAUCCAGUUAAGGCAUUGAGCCGUUGCUGUUGAUUUUGACCUCCUCUGGGGCCUUUUUUUUCUUCUUAUGUGUUUUGUGCUCUUGGGGUAGACGUGUCAUUUUUUAAACACAACACACCUCACUGGUAGAUCUGUCAUCUUUUUGGUGCGCUCUAACGAUUGUGGAUCUGGACCACCAUCUCGCACAAUCUGGCAAGUAGACCCACAUGUUUCAGCAGUAUAAUUACCCUCAGUGGUAGCCUAAGUUACACAUGAUGUCCUACUAGCCCUCGAGGCAGACACCGAAUGUUCUUUAGUUAGACACUCGCAGGCUCAGUCUUACAACUACACCAAUAAGUAGAAAAUGUCUGUAAAUAAUUCAGUUUUACUUGAAUUGCUGGUGUGGAGUUCUGAGUGGUUGAUCUCGGUGAUCGUCUCAUGGAAUACUUUGAUAGUGCGUUGGGAAUACUCGUUUCAUCCCGAAGAACACAGCCUGAAAAAUGUGUUCAAAUCGUAAUGAGUGAGCUCUUUUCUCUUUAUUUGUCCUCUGUAUGUAGGAAAGCUUUUUUCUACUGGUAGCUUUACCAGACUGAGAUUUUGCUUAAGCUUACAUUCUUAAAAAUAAAGGUGCCAAAAAGGUCUUUGAAAGGGGGAAGGGGAUGCAAAUUUUUGCAAUUCUCUUGUCCAUUAACCGACUGUUAUUACUCAGCAUUUAAUCAUUAACCAGCAAGCUUUAAAACAAGAAUGUGACCCAUUAAAAUAAUAAACAGCAUUUAUAGAAUGGAUAGUUCUGGGGCCUUUGUGAAAUAUUUGAUGUGUACGUGCUUUGCUCACACCUCUUUUGAGUUCUGUAUUAACACAUCAGGAUCUUUAAAAGUGUUUCUUGUAUGGGUGAUGUGGUCAGACAUUAGCGUGUAACUUAAGUAAAAAGCCCACGCCCUAAUAAAGUUACACAAAACUUACAUAAAAAUAUGGUUAUGUUUGAGCCAAAGGGCAAAAAUUUCUCUAUGAGAAAUUCACCAAAUGACUAUAAUACGCAAUGGUGAGAUACUGCGAUCAAUACUCAAAUGUUCUGAAGCUAGAUUUACCACUUUAUAGGAGCCCAGAUGUGAAACGCCUGGACCGGGGUUAGCUUUAGCUCAGCAUACCUUAGUAGCUCUCAAAAGUCUUUAAAUAACCAUUUUUGUAAAUGAUUCACAUGAGUCUGAAGAACCGUUUUCAAGUUCAAAGAACCUCUAUGUAUUGAAAAGGCUGUAUACCAGUAGAAGAUUUUCAUACAGCCAUAUGCCACAUUAUCUAAGCCAAGAACCAUUUAGGAACCUUUAUUUUUAAGAAUGUAGUGAGUGACGAAGUAUAAGCCAUUUCACACGGCUUUGGUUUUGCAGGGUUGAGGCACUUCAUUCUGAUUUAUGUGCAGUAGAUAAUUCAGGCUGUUAAUAAGAUGGCCUGCAAUAUUUGAUUUGUCACUGUGAUCUUACUUUUUUCGUUUUUGAUGGUGAAUAUUAGAAGGCCGAGCAUGCAGGACGAGACAGCAGGGCACAACCUAACACGUUUUGUUUUUUGAUAAAAAAAAUUUAAAGAUAUUCGUACAAAAUGAAUUAUAUUUUUGUACAAGCAAGCUACGCAGUUCUGAUACAAAUUAAAAUAUAAGAUUUGUUUUGAACGGCUACGGUUUAUGAACAAUUCAGCCAAAGGUACAACAUUACAACUAUGUCCAUGAUUGUCUAGUUAAUUGUAACAGGCUGAAGGACUAGUUUUAAUCAUUUCUAACAGGUAGCAGUUGGCAUUUUUAGAGGUAAAGCAGGAAAAAUAAAGAAGAUUUUAUUUCCAACAGUGCCGAUAUGGACUGCUCUUAUUAGUUACACAGAGUGGUGCAGAUGUGACAAUGUUAAAACGAAACCCCUCUGUGUAGAAGCUGUCCUUUAGCCCAGCUAGCUCUCACUGCAAGUUGGUUAUAUGUUUCAAAACUGUGCUAUAGUACAGCCACCAAGUGGGUGAUUAAAUUAGCAUAGAUGUGAAAUCUGUCAGUUAUACACACAACUCAGUAUUUACAAGACAGGAAAAAUAAGAGCAGUCUACCAGGUGAAUUCAGGGAAAUGUAUGUCCUGUUGCUGUGAAAAUUGGUAGAUAAUGUUGGAAGGUGACCAGCUUCUAUGUGAACCUGUUUACCUGCAUAAAAGGUCCUUGUCACAUUUUACCCUGUGCUCGGUUGUGCUCUGUGCUCCCCUACACUGCUCGUGCUUUUCCAAGCAUGUUUAAUGAAAUUAUGGAACAUAACUUUGUUUCAGUUAGAGAACUGGACUUGCAUGUACUUAAGAAAGCCUGAACUAUUUCUAUGCUUUAGGUCUGAAAUGCACUGCAUUUUUUUUAAAUGGCUUACACUUUUUACGCUUGACUGCUGUUCCCACAGCUGUGAGAACACUUUUAACAUCAGUAGACAUGAACCCCAUAAGCACAAAUCAAUAUACUGCACACUCAGUCAUUCAAGAUAAGAAGUUUAUCCUUUUAACAUGAGUCAUUCAAUUUGAAGUAAAAAAAAUAAUAAAAGAGGAACGAAAAACUAGAAAGAAAGAAAGCCAUACCUUUUUACUAUACUGAUUAUGAUUGUAUUUCUGUAUGAUGGUCAAUGUUAUUGAUAUACCCUAUGUUUGGGAUGUGGGAGGUAUUCUGUAAUUGUAUGCAGAAAUUCAUAAGAAAAUUGUUUCUAUAUUUGUAAGACUGUACGACAUGUUGAAUAUCUAUCGUUCGGCGGAUAUUGGAAUGUUCUUAUGCAUGUUUUUUGCUCCUGGUGGCAAACUUUUGUCUUGCAGUUGUACCAGUAAGGAGAAAAAAAGAAAAUGAAGGGGAAAUGGACUUUGCUGCUGUUCUCUGAAAACUUCACAUCUGCAAAACAAACAUUUUCAGAAGAAGGAAAAAAGUGUCUUUCCGCUCUUUUGGCCUAAUUAUAAUGAAAGUUCAAUGUGUUAGGAGUUGAUUUUGUGCUCCUGUAGUCUAAAGCCUUGAGGCUAUGAAGUGCCAAGGAGAAUAAAGCUGUCAGAAAGAUAAGUGAAGUUUUCUUGUGACAGCAGCGCUACUUUGACAGGCUGUUCACAAUUAAUUGUAAAACCUACCAUAACGUUUUUGUGACCGUGACAAAACUGCUGCUCCCGCUAAACCAGGUAUCUCAAAAUCUGUUGGUGGACAAUCUAACCUCCUGCAAGGUUUAGCUCCAGUCCUGAACGAAGGCCGACUUUACAUGGUGGGAUUUUCAUGCAAAUUUACUUGCUUAAAACUUUCAUGCAACUAAUUCGUUCAUGUUGUGUGAUCUAAAGCCUUUUGCAGCUCAUUUGAAGCUAUUUUUGCAGUUGCAACCAUCUCAAAUUUGUGAAAAAUGAACACAAAGGCUACAUUUACACAGCAGAGAAAACUGGCACAUAUCCAAUUUUGAUUUUCAUGUGUGAUGUGACAGUGAGGUAACAGACCUUAUCAACAUUUGGGCUGAUGUUUCUGUACACACAAAAUUAGAAGCCUGAAUUACAUUCCAAUUUUACACCGAGGUAGAAUACAUUCUGGGUAACACAUCCAGCUAUCAGAACUUCUUGAUAGUGCCUGUAAUGCUGCUGAAGAUAACAGUUUUUUGGUUGUUUACCUCUGGACGAGCGUGCCACGUGAAGCAUUGGACCUCAUUUACCAUGAGGUCUUUCGAUAGAAGAAAUUUCUUCUAAAAACUCACUUGUGCAGUUUUCAAGAAAAUUCUGACAUUCAGCGUUUUCUUAUUUGGGAUUUGUGCUAAGAACAGAAUCUGCACAUGUUCAAGAGCACAAAGGUGUGAACAGUUCUGUGGUUUUAGAACAUGUCAUGAACUUGACAUACACUUUUUCUUAGGACCUUUUUUGAGCAGAAACUUGGCAAGAUAUUGGUGAUUGAGGCCCAUUUUACUUGUGUGUUUAGGUCAGUUUAGGAGUGUGAUCUGUUCAAUCUAAUGUCAGAUAAAGGUCACAUUAAAAAGAUGUGAAUAGCCUAAUAUAAUCAGAUUUGGUGAGAAAAUUAGAGUUUGGACUUUUACCUGUUGUAUGAACGUAGCCAAUGUGUCAAUGAUGUAAAGCACCACUCUAAAAGCAGUUUAAGUGCAUCCCCUAGUGGAGAAUCUUUAACCUGUGAAAUAUAAGUGAGUAGCCAGGGUUUAAUAACUGAAAUAUGUCACAAAAUGUCACAAAAUAUUAUGUGAGCUUGAUAGGGUUUCUGUCAGCUCUGUACAAGGGAAUAAAACUCUGUCACAUUUGUAAAAACACUUCUGAGAAAUAUGGAGUUAGAACAACUCUCUUCUGUUUUGCUUAAUUUAAUUGCUAUUUUUUAUAUCUAAAAAGUAAAAUGAAAAAUACAUGCACAAAUAUAAUGUCUCAAGAUCAGCUUAGCCAAUUUUUUGUACCCAAUUUUCUCCCCACUUUAGUCUGCAGUUCCGCUGGCUAGAUAAGUUAUGUUUUUAAUAUUUUUAUGUUUUAUCAGUCCACUGACACCUUUUAUGCCUUCUGUCAUGUUAUGUAGAUACAGCUGGGCAAAAAAGACACAUGAUCAGUUAUCAUUGGACAAAUGUGUUACCAUCAUAAUUCAUAUAUUGUAUCACAUAUGAUAAAAAAAAGAUUAGCUGAAAAUUAUCCACCUCAAGCAAGAAUACAAAUGUUUAUGCAAAUUUUGCAAAUAUACUAUUUGCUAUUUUCAUCAAGUCGUUUUUAUUUGAUAUGCCAAAAUACACAUGAAAAUACAUGUAUGGAAACCCAGCAAUUGAGUUACCAGUAAGGUCCAUGAGGUGCUUGACAUCUAAUUUAAAAACUGAUAGCGUGCUACGUAAUCAUGUGAAAUGAUUAUUCAUGAUUCAUCCUUUAAACUGAUUGAUUUUAAACAACACAUAUUGGAGAAGAAAACUUUGGAAUAAUGUUGCCUUUUUGUUGGUAACCAGUUUAUGGAAAUGCAGUUUAUGGAAAUUCUGUUUAACACAAUUUUGCAACCUGCACCUGAUUGCAUGAAAGUUUCACUAUGCAAAGCCAUAACAGCUGGUCCAGAUGCGCUUGGGGUGUUAAUGUAGGGUUGGAGCGAAACUCAUCCAGAAAGUUGCUCUCCAUUAACAUGAUUGGAGAUAUGGAAGCCAAACAAAUGGAAUCAAUGCUGUAUCUUUUUGAACCUUUGAAGACUGUUCAGGUACUCAUUGUUGUACUUUGACUACCGUGAUAGGAGGAAAUAGGCCUUAAUGUUAAACGUUCAUUUCAGAUUGGCAAGGUGUUUAUCAGUUUACUUGAUAAACCCAUCGUUUGAAUCAGCACUUUAGUAUUAUUUUGUCCAAUUUACGUCAUUCUUUGUGGAGAACAUUCAAAUUUCGUUCCCCGAUUCUCAGUUCAGUGGGAUGUCUUGUACAUCUUAAAAAAUUAAGAAUGUUAAAAGCUAAUUCUUUAAGUUUUUGUAUAUGUUCUCUUUCCCUUCCCUAAAUUUUACCCAAACCAAAAUUGUGCAUAAUUGCACAUUUUAAUUGUGCAAAGAAAACAAAGAAAACAAAUGUAAGUUAUUACCAGCAUGUGCUUAAUGUUGUGGUUGUUUAGCCUUUAUGCAAGUGGGGACAUGUGUUACACACACAAACAUAAAAAAAGCCAUUUAUUCAAUAAUGAAUGAACAUUUGAUGGGAGAAAUAGGCAGUCCUGCAGGUUUGGGAUGGUUUUAUGGGUUGUAAAGUUGUUCAUUUCCACAUUAAAUACCAGCAAAGAUCCACGUUAUCAAUUGUUGCCAUUAUCUGUGAGAAUUCACAUUACUGCUAAACGAUGCUUUUCGCUUAUCGAGAGAUGAGGAAAGACUCAGUUUGGGUUUGCUCACAGAGUUUUCUAAUCUAAACGGUUAAUCUGACGUGAGAUAGCCGAGUGAAAGCGCAGGUGGCUCAAAACUGUUAAGAUGAUUCUUUUUGCCUCGUUUUAUUGUGUCUUUUAAACGUUACUGAAACAACCAGUAAUCUCUGCUGUCGUCAGGUGUCUCUUCACUUGAUUUUCCUCUUUGAAGUGUUAUGUGGGAACUACUAUUGUAUGGUUCAGUAUUCAGUAAUGUGCUGGGAAGUCUUGCGCUACACGUAUAUUUGUGUAAAGGGAAAAAAAAAUGUCUGAAAUUUCUGUUGUACUAGUCCUGACUGAAUAUGGGACUUGGAUUUCAGAUCUGUAGCCUGGCCUCCCUUUCCCAGAUGAGGGCCAUGCUCUCUGGGAGUUUAUUUACAAAAAGGGAUGGAUGGGCUUUUAUUUUUCUGAACUGUCCAAAUAUUAUAUUUACUGGAAAGAGAGACAAAAUUAUUUUUAAUCUGCACAUUCUACUUUGUUUGUGUGAAUGUUAUAGAUAUUCAUCUUGUUUUCUAAAGAAAUAUGGAACUAAUAUAAAAAAAGUGAAUAAAAAGGCUAUUUUGUUCUUUA